AUGGGGCGCCUAUCUCUAUGGGCGCCUAUCUCUAUGGGCGCCUAUCUCUAUGGGCGCCUAUCUCUAUGGGCGCCUAUCUCUAUGGGCGCCUAUCUCUAUGGGCGCCUAUCUCUUUGGGCGCCUAUCCCUAUGGGCGCCUAUCUCUAUGGGCGCCUAUCUCUAGGGGGCGCCUAUCUCUAUGGGCGCCUAUCUCUAUGGGCGCCUAUCUCCAUGGGUGCCUAUCUCUAUGGGCGCCUAUCUCUAUGGGCGCCUAUCUCUAUGGGCGCCUAUCGCUAUGGGCGCCUGUCUCUAGGGGUGCCUAUCUCUAUGGGCGCCUAUCUCUAG